AUGGCCUGGCUGUCACGCCAUUACCGUGGCCUCACCAAGCGCAUCGGCCUGCAGGAGCAGCUGUUGGUGGAGAUGGACGAGGAGGUGAUGGCGUUGAAGAAGGCGUGGGAGAUUGAAUACGAUGAGCUGAGGAUGAUCAAGCGAGUGGCUGCGGGUGCUUUUGGCGUUGUGUUCAAGGCAGAGUGGGACACGGUGACGGUGGCAGUCAAGGUGCUGCAGCAAGGGCUGAUGAUGUUUGACGAGAGCACGGUGUUGGAGUUUGAGAAGGAAGUGGAGUUCCUGCAGCGGACACGGCACCCCAACGUGGUGCGGUUCUUUGGCGCGGGCACAGAUCCCAGCGGCAGCCCGUUCCUGGUGCUGGAGUUUGUGGCCAUGGGAUCACUCAAGGACCUGCUGGGGAAGGACAUGGAGAAAGUGUUGGUGGAGGUGAACGAGAACGGUGAUCCUAGCGGACCAGGACAGUGGGUGACUGCAGAAGAUUUGGAUGAGGAGCUGACGUUGGUGAGCACAGCACGCGACAGAAGAGAUGAGACGAUGACUGUGUGGGAGUUGAAACUGCGCCUGCUUCGCGACGUCGCCAGUGGCAUGGCUUUUAUCCACAGCCUCGACCAGAUGCACCGAGACCUGAAGAGCGGCAACGUGCUGGUGUCAUCAUCGCUUCGCGCCAAAAUUUCGGACUUUGGAUCCAUCCGCCAGUGCUUCACACGUGACAGAAACCAGCACCAGCAGCGCACCCGCCUCUCCUCCAGCCAUGAUCCUGCUGAUCCCCAGUACAGCCAGCAAGCUGGCUUGCAGACGAUGACAAGCAUAUCGCUGACGGCUGGCGUGGGUACGCCGCUGUACAUGGCACCAGAGGCUUUGACAGGCGACAAGUACAGCUUUGAGGCUGACAUCUUCAGCUUUGGCGUGCUGAUGUGGGAGGUGGCCACACAGCGACCGCCGGACCUGAUUGAGCAGGAGAAAGGGAGCGGAUAUCGUGGCCCGAUCCUCGCCACGCUUUUCAGCUUGUUGGCAGAGGGGAAGCGAUUGCGGUUUGAAGACAGCGGACAAGACGCCAUCCCCGAGUGGUUCAAGUCGCUGACGUACAAGUGCAUGGCGCAGGACCCACGUGAGCGGCCGUCGUUUGGAGAGCUCAAGGACCACCACCUUGCUUGA